AUGGACGGACCGGUAGAAUUUCGAAAGGCAAAGGAAUUGCGGGAUGCUGUGGAUGAGUACACCGCGCUGCUACAGCGUUUAAGCACGAAGAAGCCUGGAUCGUUUGAACAACGGCAUAACGGUAGUCUUGCGGAACAACCUCGAAGUGUCUUCAUUGAAAGAACUCAGAACAGUCUUCAGUGCAGUGAUAUGUCCUUGCGUAGUCGUCUGGCAAUGGUAAAUACCACAACAGUGCAAAUUGCUCCGCGUCCGUACACACCCGAUGAGACGAAUUCGAUCAAAUCGUGCUGCUUUUUAGCGCAUGCAAAGUCGCAAGAAAUUCUGCAGACUGCGCGGCAAAGUGUGAAGAAUCGAAAAGUGCACUCGGCCAGUGAGCACGGCUCUCUAAUGCAGCUUAUCAAGCCUGCUAGCGAUUUGCUUCGACCACCACAUCCGUUUUUAUUAUCACGGGUUUGCUUUUAG